GACGGCGGGUGACUUAAACUUAUUCAAGAAAAAUUCUGUUUUUCUGCUCGAAAUUUCUUCAUUUCACUAAUUUUCCGGUUCAAAAAUAUUUGCAAAGUUUAAUUUACUUUAAAACUUUGCACUCGUCUGGGCUAAAACUUUUAAAAAGAUAUUUUAAAGUUUAUUUAAAAUUAAAAUAGAAUGCUAAUGGGUGUUGAACAACCUCUCCCCUCCACUAUUCCUUCAAAAAUGAAAAAUAGCAAUAAAAUAGUUGUAAAAAAUUUGCCGACUAACAUUACAAAGGAUGACGCUCAGUCCCUCAUUAACAACUAUGGCAACGUCAAGUCAUACGCCUUGAAAAAAUUAGCAAACAAUUCAAGUUUACAGUGCUUGGAAGUAACAUUUGAGUCUCAUUCUGCAGCUUUAAAAGCUUAUGAAGGCUUACAAAAUUUUACGUUCAGAGGAUCUUCACUCCAUGUUGAAUUUGCUGGUAUGAACAAUGGAACCAGUGUCAACAACAACAGUGCAGUAAAGUUAGGUAAAACUCAAAGCAAAAGUAGCACAACUGCUUUCAAUUCCAAGUUCAACAAUUUGCCUCUUAGAGUCUUGAUCCCAACACAAUUUGUUGGUGCCAUCAUUGGAAAGAAAGGACUGAACAUCAAAAAUAUCACCACAAAAUGCAAAGCUAGGAUUGAUGUACAUGGAAAGGAGAACAUUGGAUACACUGAAAAGAUGAUAUCCAUAUAUGGUCAGCAAGAGAACAGAACAGCUGCUUGUAAGGAGAUUCUCAAGGUUCUCGUUCAGGAAAAUAUGUUUGGGACAAAAGGAGCCAGCGAUAUAGUGCUGAAGAUGUUGGCAAAUGAUCAGUACUGUGGUCGCUUAAUAGGCAAGGAGGGCAGAAGCAUCAAGAAGAUUAAACAGGACACAUCUACAAAGAUUGUUGUCACCAAUAUCCAGGAUGUCUCAGGAAUGUAUCCCGAUCGCAUCAUCUCAAUUCGUGGCAGUGUGGAUGGUGUGUCGGCUGCAGAGGCUGCCCUCUCAUCAAAACUGGUCCAAUGCAUGGAAAAUGAUUCUCUCAAGAUGAAUGGUUUGCCAAAUAACAUGUCCCUACUGACAGCAAAAUCUCUUCAUGGUAUGCCACAUGCCCUCAUGCAACAUGGCAGGAAUAAUGUUGUGAACCAGAUGAUGAUGCCAAUGGGCACCAGUCUUCCUAAUGCUCUCUACCCGACUGGCGGCGUGUCCAGCAAUAAUCUGCCUCACUAUGGUUUCGGAGAUGGAGGUCUGGGCUACAUGUUGCCCCCAGUUGAGAUGUGCCAAGUCUGCAUACCUAACGCCGCGGUUGGGGCCUUGAUUGGCACUGGAGGGGCGAACAUCAAGCAAAUGAUGAGGGAAUGUGGGGCUUAUAUCUCGGU